CUUGAAUAAGUAGUUACAGUUACUUAGUUUUUCAGAUCACAGAGAUAUUCUGCUUCUUCUGUGUUGGCAUAUCAAAAAAGUAAAAGGAUCAUGGAUGAAUUAGUCAAUAGAAAAGAUGAACAGAAAGGACCUCACUUUUUAUCGUGCCAUUCGCCGCUUCCCUUCAUUUUCCAACCUUUCCCCAUACUCUCCAUGAUUCUCCCCCAAGACUCCAAACCACCCACGCCCACCACCACCACACCAACUACAGACAAGCGCAUCGGCUUUACCUACCUGAGGCCAGAGGAGUCGCCAAUUGUUGUGGGAGGUUUGGAGCUUGGUCUACUGUCAGGAAUAGGCCAGUGGACGCGGACGACGGCUAGGAUCACGCUCUCAGGCGGGUUCGUGCCCAAGGGCUCUCCUCCAACCCAGGAAAUCACAGUGCACUUAAAAGCGUAUCUGAAGCAAAUCUAGUUCUACUAGUGGAUUAGUUAAAUUUCACUUCAUCUGACUCCUCUCCCGUAGUUUUAGUUCCUAGUAGUGUGACAGGAGGAGGGAGAACAACGUCUACGAUGAUCAAGAGUAUUUUUACUACAAGAACAAGUAAUAUCAAGUUCAACAAGUUCAAGUUCCACGUUAUGAUUCUGGUUACUGAUUAUCGUACUAUCGCCAAGGUGAAAAUCGAAUUCUUACAAACAUUAGCUUGAAACGCUUAGAGAUUGAGAAACUCUAGCCGUAGUUUGAUUGACGAAAAAUGACGAUGUGCUUGUACUAGAGAUAGUAGGUUACAACAAUUUGGUAAAGUCCGUUUGAGAGAAAAUUUGAACUCUUUUAUCGCUCAUACGUUGAUUUUUGCACUGUAGUAGACUUGCGCGGGAACGUACCAGUACCACGCUUUUUCUUUGCUUUUUACCAUUUUCAGACAGUAUGAUCGACAAUAGUCUGAGACAUCAAGCUGGAAUAGUGAUAGUAACGAUGGUGCAAAGACAAACUAAUGCAAACCUCUUUCAAAGUACAUUCAAAGAUAACGACAAACUGAGAGUUCAUUUUGUACAGGGAGGUGUCUACUCCUCAGGAGAAAUGCUCAUGAAAAUGUAGCGAGAAUCAUUGCAUGGACGAUGAAUCUGGAAAUGAACCAAAAUGACAUUUUUACAGUAUAGAUACCUCCGUGCAUUCAUGCAUGUUGUAGCCACAUGGUACUCACUCAGCUGAGACUUACUCAGCAGAUGCUGAAGAAACAACAGAUGAAAAGAACGAGAUGGACGUGUCACUACGGAACUGAUUAUUGUUUUGAUCUAUAAUAGAUAAGCCUGAUAAGGAAGAUGAAGCUUAAU